UUUACAAGAUUUCAGUAGACAUCCUGUUAACAAGCGACCGGGAGAACAUUUGUAUUCACAGGUGAGAGAGAAAGAGAGAGAGAGAGAGAAGCGAUAUACGCGUCAAAAAAUUCAGGCCGAGCGAGUUACGGUAAAAAGGGGACUAUAAAAAAAAACGCUCGACCAAUUUUCUUUACGAUGUCAAAGUUUCCACAACAUAUUUAUCCAUUCGCUCCCGUAACUUGUAUACCUUCAAUACUCGCCAACGUCUGCCUAGGUAGUCGUGAACACGAAAGUUAACGCGUUGCUCCGAAACUAGUUUCCUCGGGAAUUUCUUCAAGAUCCCGUAGAUAGCUCGUUCGUCUUCUCCAGCCACAUUAUUUUCAAGCGACUCGCUAAAACAAUCGUCCCUCUGUCUCGACAUCUACCGAAGGAACCUCUGAAAGUGUAUUGCUAUUCGAAGCAGAAAUCACGCACCAACUUAGAUUAGAUUGCGUUACAAACUUGUGAUAAUCCCGCGAUGGAUAAGACUAGCAAAGUUGUUUUCCACGGGUAUUGUUUCGAAUAGCUAAUAGCUGGAGAUAUCGCUAUGGCAUUAAUUACUUUUAUCGCGGGCUCGACUCGUUAUCGAAGCUCGAGCGACGCACGCGUCGUAGUUUGUUCGCCUCGAGAACUCGCUGUCGGUCUUCGUAUUCCUGGUCACCAGCUGAUUCGCGAGAUUGACGAAAGGUCAAAAUGAGAGACGUCGUUCACUAAUGUCGGUAGUAACUCGUUUUACGAGCCGAAGAGGAACGAGAACGGAUACACGAUGGACGCUCGUGCGUGGGUCGAGUUUUGUUCAUUAUGGUUGGCAUAAUCGUAGUUAAAGCCGCCACGCAUGAGUCACGCGACGAAACCCACACACUUGUAGGACUUUAUUCAACGGCGGACGUCCAUUUUGGUUGAAACGAUAGAGUUCCCUGGAAAAAGCUGAUGGAUUAUCUAAAGUCAGGGUAGGUAAAAAAAAAAAGGGAAAAAAGAAAGAGAAGGAAUGAAAGCGAAUGCACGCCUCGCAAGUAUAAUCCGUGGACAAUUCGCACGUCAAGUCGAAUCCCGGAAAUCGUCGGAAAUCCUCGCGCUGAAACGUGUAUUGUUCAAUCUCUCCCCCUUCCCCUCUCAUCGUAUCUUUUUGUUCUCCAGGAGGAAAGCUUGGACUUAAUGGGGCAAUAUAAACCUGAAAUAUUCUGCUAGAAGGUGGGGUCGCGUCUGGGGAUGCGGAGGGAUCCGUGCGCCGCGUGCGGGCUGCCGGUCUUCCUGGCGGAGAAGCUGCUGAUAGCGCGCGCUCCUUAUCACCGUACCUGCUUCCGGUGCGCACGCUGCGGCAACCAGCUGACGCCGGGCAAUUAUUACGAGACCGAGGAAGGCCAGUACUGCUGCGAGACGUGUCCGGACGAAGAGGUGCCAGCCAGCGUGCGUUGCAAGUACGCUGAAUCGACGAUGAUGUCGGGCGUGGAACAGGAGAGGAGCGAACCGUCGAGGCCGCUUAGCGACGAGGAGAAAACGGAGAGAAAGGAUGUACAGAAUCUGCUGGUAAAGGCUAUAGUGCCCGAUCUGAUCUCCCAUACCUCGCAGAUGCGCAAGAGUUUCAUGGCCAGCCACCUUCUCUCCGAGAAGAUCAACGAAUCCACCGCGAGAGAUGCGAAUACAAAGGAUGUCGAGGUCAAUUCUGAUUAUCGCGAGGAGGAGAAGAGCAGGAUCGACUCGGCAUUCCCAGACGACGACGAGAAUGAGGAGGAAGAGGAAGAGGAGGGAAAAUCUCGUAGCUCUGCGACGGAUUCCCCAGACACGGAGGAGUCCGGCGUCGAGCCAUACAAUGUACAUAGCGCGUUAAAUAGCUUAGAUAUUAGAUGCGACGAGGAUCAGCGAUCGACUGCCAUUUCAUUCCAUGACGUAGAUAAGGAGAGAAGAGAUAAAGAUACCAAAGAGUCGCCAGAUCGUGCCAAUAAACGAGCCAAUCCCGAAGCGAGAUUGUCCUUAGUACAGAAGAGACUCCAAAUGUUUGAGGCUCGGGACAAAGUAGAUCAUGCCGAGAGAAUGAUGAAUCUAGGCAAAACGAAAAGUCCGGUGACUCAGAGGAACCUGGAACCGGACAUUCUUCGAGUGAAUCAGGAGGAACGUUUGGAAAAGAUGCUCGAGGAAGACUCGAAGAUUAAAAGUACCGAUAAACGUAAAGACAGUUUUGAGAACAUCAGCAAACAACGAAAGGAAGAAGAUUCGACGAUUACAAACAUAGAGAAAUGCAAGGAUACUUUUUCGAAAGACGUUGCGCGAGCGAAUAGCGAAGAACAACGUAUUACCGAUAAUACGCAGCUCGAAGAAAACUCGAAAGUUGAAGGUAUCGAGAGAGAAAAGGAGAACCUCACAGAAGUCGAACAAAGAGAGGAUAAUGAAAUAGAAAAAUCUUAUGAAAACGAAAGCAACAUACUAACCGCGAGAGAUAUGGAUUUAAGCAUCCAUAAGGAUUACCCAGAAGACCUGAAUCCUUUCAAGAGCGAUGAAGAGGAUAGCAUUACGGAAAGCAAAGCGUGGACCGCGAUAGAUAGCUCUAGAAACAGCAAAGUGUCAACCAAUCCGUUUGAUAGCGAAGACGAGGACGUCGAGGAACUUGAACCACCGAAACCAGCGGCUAGGAGUAAACUGGAAAAUCGGGGAAUCGUAACGGAAACGUCUGUGACCAAGCGGAUUCUGGCUGCGCCGCAAAUUAAUCUCAAUCCAUUCUGGAGCGAUGAAGAAGAGGAGCAUGAUAGCGAUGAGAAGCAAAGCAUCAAGCCGCAAGGAAACGUCCCUGUACCGAAACCGCGUACUAUCAAGACCAUUUCCGAGGUAAACAUCGCACCACGAAGAACUACUGAUUUGAAUCGUGGAGGCAUGUACGCGUCCAAUAGUUCUUUGACCAGCUCCGAGUCGACUACAACUCCCAGCGGAACGUAUAGAAAGAAGAAGCCCGCUCCGCAACCACCGGCCGCGAAGGAACUAUUUCCGUCUGAUCAGCGCGAAUCGCCCGUGCUCAAGUGUAAUAAUACAUCACCCUCGUAUCAUAAUUCCUCAUCACCUCGCACGAUGCCGCGAGCUCGGAAAACCAAGCCGGCACCUCCGCCGCCAAUGCCGACCAGUACACCCCGUAACAUAUCGAUCGAUAACACGCCAAGUUUCGACGAAUCUCCCAUAAUCAAGCUUCGCGAUUACGAUCACAGCCUAAACAUGUGGGAAGAUCAGAAAACAAACAAAGACGAGGCGAAUCGAAAUAGACAGAGCUUGAGUAGCAUUACGUGUAUUGACAGUUCCUCCUACACAUCUUAUAGUGACAAAAGCAUUCAAGGAAAAUGGAAGAGGAAAAAGGGUCCCGCCCCACCGCGACCAAUUCCGCACAGGAGAAAGAUUAAAGUGAUAUCUAUGAAAGACGUGAAAUUAGAAUUAGAUGAAAUAGAAUUGCAACAGCAAGGUUUAGAGAAACAAGGCGUACGAUUAGAACAAUUGAUACGAGAUAAAUGCGAAUCUGGACCUAGAACGGAAGAUUCAUCAUCGCUCGGCGCGGAUGUGGAGGAAUUGGUUUUGGAAUUGUUUGCAUUAGUGAAUGAGAAGAACGAAUUGUUUAGGAGACAGGCCGAAUUGAUGUUAUUGAGGAGACAGCAAAGAUUGGAGGAGGAACAUGCUGAAGUGGAAUAUCAAAUACGAUGUCUCAUGUGCCAACCAGAAGCUACUAAAACGGACUUUGAUAAACAGAGAGAAGAAGCAUUGAUACAAAGAUUAGUAGAAAUUGUAGAGAGACGGAACGAAAUUGUUGAAUGCUUGGAGAUGGAUCGUCGAAGAGAGGUAGAGGAAGAUAAAAGCAUAAAUAAACAUAUGGGUUUAUUUGCUGCGAGAAACAAGAACGAGCUAUUGGACAGAAAUAAUGAUUCUUCCAGUGUGGAAAAACCAAAAAAGGGAAAAGCAAAGGAAAAAUUAAGAAAAUUGAAAAAGGUCGUGAAAAAGGAUGCCGAUAAAGAUGUGGAUGAGACUGAGGUAAAACUCAAACAUCAUAAUAAGCGAAAAUGGUUUUGAAUCGUAUGACGGUGUUAACAGUUAACAGUUAUAAUAUAUAUACAAAAUAUAUUUCAUAUUUAAUACUUUUAUACAUAUUUUUAACACUUUGUUAUUUAUGUAUGUAGGGAUUUACGCUAAGAUUAUUAAUAAAUUCGCCUCGUUUAAUUGCCCUCCUAGUCUGAUUAUCUUCUAAUUGUAAAUAAAUCGAUAAUCAAUUAUUCCG